AGAGGCUGCUACUGCUGCACUGUUGGACUAAGUCACAUUCCUACAGGGAGGAGGGGGGAUAAAAUUAGACUAUUCUGCUUGCAGCUCAGAGAAGAAGUCCCUCUCUUUCGCUGUGUUACUGAUGCACGGCUGAGUUUGAGUGCCGUGAGGGGGUGUGUACUGUUUGUGUAAAGGGAGCUGUCAUCCCAGCAGUGUUAAUGAUAGUGUUAGCCACAGGAGGUGUACACAAGGCUACUGGUUGGUUUUAGUGCUGUGGGAAGCACUAAUGGGAUUGUCUCAGAGUGGGACCUGGGUAAGCUGAGAGAUCUGUGGCUUGAUACGGGUACACAACGACACCAACUGACUGAUCUGUUCCUGAUGGUGGUUCUCAGACAUUCUCCUGGAGCAACUGUGAAGGCAUAGUUGUAGCUGUAUGCCAUAUUUAAAAACGUUGCUGCCCAAUCAAGUCAUUUGAAUCCCAUGGAAGUAAAUGGCUAUUCAGUUUGAGGUGCUUUGAAAACUAAACUUGACAUAAAUCAUUGGGUAUGCAGUAAACUCAAACACAGCUGUGCUAAAACAACAAAAGCCUGCCAACAUGUCCAGUGUGAAGACAAAGUGUAGACCCACGCAGCUGGCCCUCUCCUCAGGGCCCGGGGACAGUAACGGUAACUCAGUGGCCUGUCUCGGGACCCCCUCCCUGGACUCUCUGAGGAGCCUGAGUGAUAGAGACUCCACCAGAGCCCCUGACAUGGAGUGUUGCCUGAUUGAGGGCUCCAAGGCCCCAGCAAACCACCACACAGACCACCUCAAUUGCACAUGUACAGCUAACACACCAAUAAACGGUAACCUCAAACUUGGCUCACCUCCAGAGAAUAGCUCCCUCGACCUCUUCACAUUUCCACAGAAUAGCACCUGCACUGUCCUCUCACCUGCAGUGACUGUACCUGGUGAGGGGGAUAUUUUGGAACCUGUCCAAACAUCUGUCUCCAGCUGUGUCAACACCAGCCUGGACAACUGGAACGGGAAUAUCACUCUGGCGAUCACCAGCCUGCAGGGGCACCAUGGUGACAACCAGAGUGACUGGGGGAGUACUACAUCUUCUGGUGACAGGAGUGUUGCUGCCUCUCCUGAAUUGGCCUCUCCUGAGGGGGAAGAGAGCUCCAGCUCAGUGUCGCUCCGUGGCUCCAGUGAGAACAACUGCUCCAUUGGCUCAGGAGAGAUGGUGAUGAGGUGGAACAGCUUCUGUCUGGAGGAGGCUGACACUCUCACUGUGUCUCUGUCUCUGGUGGAGCUGUCCACCAGUUCCUCUGCCCAUGGCUCCCCUGCCCUGCCUGCUGACCUGGGCCAUGGCCUGCUGUCAUUGUCCACCACCACCACCCUGCCUGACGUCUGUGACGGGCUCCUGGAGAACAGACCCACUGACACCCUCAAAGUAAAGGACAACCCAGGCUCUCAGUGCUGGGGCAUGACCUUUAUCCAGUCAGAUGACCAGGAUCUCCCUCCUGAGGGUGACUGCCUUGCACCGCCUCGGUCUCCUGUGGAUGAGGCAGAGGGUGUACACCAGGCCACCUUUCUGUGUGAGCCAACCCCGUCUGCUGUAUGUGGAGGUGCUUCUCCAGCCCCCAGCAGGCGGGCCGGCUCGGAUGCCUAUAUCAGUGGAGGAUCCACCGAGGGCAGGACCUUCAUGCUGCCAGCCUCAGAGGAGCUGGACCUUGACGGCCGUGCCCAGACCUCCACACCAGUGCAGUGUGCUGGGAACAAACCCCUGGACUUGCCCUCCCUAACGGAGUCCCCCUGCACUGGGGAACAAAGUCACACUGGUAGCCCUGUGGUCCAGACGGCUAUAGACCAGCAAGGGGCUGCCCCAAUGCUCGCAUCCCCAAAACACUGUUUGGUCGCCAGGCUUCCCCCAUCAUCAGCUAACAGAAUUAGCAAAGCAGAAAUCAAAAAGUUUCCCAAGCAAGAUUUCAGCAGAGUGAGACCCAAGAUCAUGUCGAGACCAGCUCAUCCGUUGACAUUAGGAAGCCCUGCACCUGCAAAGAAUAAGCCAGGGAAACCAGUCAACCAGCCCUGUCGUAAACCAUCUCAGGUGAACAGGAACACUCCAAUGAGAAACACUCCUAGUAAACUAGCCACAGUGGAAGAUGGCUGCCCGAGGGCUGCUGUAGCUGAGAAUGCAGUCCCUGAUUUCCAUGGAAUGACAUUUAUCCAGGCAGAUGACCAAGACCUCUCUUCGGCUGCUGGGUCUCACAUUGGUCCACUUGCUCUUAGUUUGACUGAGGAGGCAGAGUGUCAAGCAUCCCUGUGUGAGUCUGUCUCUGCUGCAUUUGAAAAUGUCCCACCAGUGCCCAGCAGUCAGGCCACUAGUCGGGUCAGCUCAGAGGCCGAGCAUGUGGCUUCUAACUGUGGAGGAGGAUCCGCUCCAGUGCUGCCUGGAAACCACACCUGUUUCCCAUCUCCCACAGAACAGCGAGCUGACCCUGCACCAGCCCUGGCCAGUCCUGGCAAGGCUGGCAACAAGGAGGAAGUGCCACUGAGGAAGAGACCUGGCUCUGUCUCCUCAGCCUCCUCACCAUCCAAUCAGGCACCAGUGUCAGCUCGGCGGUCACGCUGCUGGUCUGAGAGUUCCUCCACUACAUCUAUACCACACAGGGAGUCCAGAACCUCCCCUAGCGGCUCAGCUAGCUUCAUCAUCCCCAAGGCUUACGUCCACCUGGGACAGAGCCAGGCCAGACCAGCCAGCCACAACCGCACUGGCAGUGCCCACAACAAACCGCCUGAGACCAGGAAGGAAGCAGAAGAGCGAAGCAGCAAGGAGAUUAAGAAACCCUGCCUUGUGACGGCCUCCUCUAAGACUGCGAUGGGAGCAACGGCAGCAGUAGGAGCUGCCUGUGACAGGUUUAAGAGUAGACUUGGAGCACGGCCAUCCCUCAACAGAGCCAGAGGAGCCCCAGCCUCAGCCCCCCAGGCUCUCCCUCCAGUAUCUAGGCAGAGGCAGGGAAGAGAUGUCUGCAGCAGUGCCUCUAGUGGGAUGUGUUUGCCACGGGCCAAACAGAGCACCACAGCAGGUCAUCAGAGGUCCCAGACAAAUGAGGGAGUGCCUGUUGGAACCUCCUCAGCCAGCGGCAGCACUAAGCCCCCAGUGACUGGUUCCAGACUCGCCCAGGCCUCUGGUCACACCCUGGCUGUGGGCUCCAGCCAGCCCUCUACUGUGGUCUCCUCUUCCAGACUGCCCUACAAGUCCCACGGUGUCCCCAAGAGCAUCCCUUCCAAGGCCAGUGUACACAAUGAGCACAGUGGCAGCACAGGAAAUGCACAAGUUUCUGCAGGAGCAGCCCAGGUGUCUGUGGGAAGACCAACCUCAUGCAAGACCACAGUGUUAAAAGCUCGACUCCUCUCACACCCAGGGAGUAACAUAGGACCUGCAGGAUGCAAAACUACAGAGUCGACCAAUCGGGUGCCCUCAAGGUCCAGAGCCAGUCCUAUGAAAAGAACUGCUUCAUCAAGACUUCUUCGUCCUGCCGCUGUAUUACCUGUGGACAAGAACAGACCGAGGGCGACACCACGGAGCCACCCACAGCCUCAACAGCAGUCACCAGCGCCACUGCCGCCCCAGAGGGAUGGGCAUCCAGACCUGGUGCUGGCGGAGGGCAGGGCAGGGGGCAUGGAGAGCUACCGGGCACUGUGUGAGAGGAAGAACCAGAGCCUCCAUCAGCUCCAGGGACUCCUGGCCGCAAGUAACUGCAAAUUUGAGGCCAUUGUGGUGGUGCUGCAGCAGACCCUGGCAGAGCAUGAUGAGGUCAUUAAGCAGCGCAGGGACCUGUCCCAGGAACUGAUGACCUUGAAGGGAGAGCUCGUGAACUCUGCCCGCUCGUGUGAGUUGUUGGAGCGGGAGAAGGAUGAGGUGUGUGGGGCAUUGGAGGGCGUGCUCCAGACGAUGCAGGAGCAGCACCACACAGAGCUGGCCCAGCUGGAGGAGAGGCUCAGGGUGUUCUACCAGGCCGAGUGGGACAAGAUCCACCUGACCUACCAGGGGCAGGCAGACCGGUGCAAGGCCCUCAUGGAGCAGCAGAUGACUGAGUUGAGAGCCAGCCAUAAGGCUGUGACGUUAGAGCUGGAGGCCAGCAACUCUGAACAGAUCCAAGUGGUUAAACAGCAGUAUGAAGAAUCUCUAAAAGAGUUCCGGCAAGCUCAUGAGCGGGAGCUGCAGACAUUGGACAAAAAACUGAAGGAGGCUGAAGCCACUUUAUCUGUCCAGAUUCAGGAGCUCAUCGAGGAGAACACGACCCUGAACCACAGGAUAAAGGCAGAGGAGGACCAGAGGAGGGAGCUGGCUGAGAGAAGUCAGAAGGACUCCCACACCCUGUAUCUGGAACAGGAACUGGAGAGCCUCAAGGUUGUGCUGGAUAUCAAGAACAAACAGCUGCACCAACAGGACCACAAACUGAUGCAGAUGGCCAAAAUGACGGAGAAAAGUGUUAAGCUGGACGAAUGCCUUAAAAAAGUCCAGCAGGAGAAUGAGGAUCUGAAAGCCCGCAUGGACAGACAUGCUGCUCUGUCGAGACAACUGUCCACAGAGCAGGCGGUGCUGCAGGAGUCUCUCCACAAGGAAUCAAAGGUGAACAAGCGUCUGUCUAUGGAGAAUGAGGAGCUCAUCUGGAAGCUGCACAAUGGGGACCCAAGCAGCCCCCACAAGCUGUCCCCCACCUCCCCCUCCCACCAUUCCCUCGGCCUCCAAUCACCUCGCAGCUCUGCCGUCUUCACCAGCCCCAUCCAAUCACCUCGCAGCUCUGCCGUCUUCUCCAGCCCUCCAGUCUCACCCAGAUAACAGCAGCACACCGCUUCCAGGAAGCAGACUCUUUCUCUCCUCUGAUUGGACUGGGUCCAUGAAGCAGCCUCUCUUGCUCCUUUCUGUUUGGACCGAGUCAACCCUCCAUACUUAAGAGCUAUAUUAGCUGACCGGGAUUGCCGCAUGUCAUCCAGAGAUGGCUACAAUAUCCCUGAAUGGCUCUACUUUCUGUUGACACUUACUACAGAUCAAUGACUCUAUGAGAAAAGACUGUUGCACAGAAGCACUUACUGAGUGAGACCGCCUCUUGUUCUUUCUGCCUUGUCUGAUUAUUAUAGGACAUCAGCCAUAGGGUUAGCGUUAUUAUAGGACAUCAGCCAGAGGGUUAGGGUUAUUAUAGGACAUCAGCCAUAGGGUUAGCGUUAUUAUAGGACAUCAGCCAGAGGGUUAGGGUUAUUAUAGGACAUCAGCCAGAGGGUUAGGGUUAUUAUAGGACAUCAGCCAGAGGGUUAGGGUUAUUAUAGGACAUCAGCCAGAGGGUUAGGGUUAUUAUAGGACAUCAGCCAGAGGGUUAGGGUUAUUAUAGGACAUCAGCCAGAGGGUUAGGGUUAUUAUAGGACAUCAGCCAGAGGGUUAGGGUUAUUAUAGGACAUCAGCCAGAGGGUUAGGGUUAUUAUAGGACAUCAGCCAGAGGGUUAGGGUUAUUAUAGGACAUCA